AUGGCUAAUUAUCGUCAAAGGGGUGACACGGUUCACACUAAUAAUAAACAGAAAAAUUGUUACAUGGUGGAUAAUUUAGUAGGUGAACCAUCACACAACUGUUAUAAUAAUCAACAAUGUCAAUGUUCAAGUUCGCGUUAUGAUCCAAAUUCAAAGGUCUAUUUCAGCUCGAACUCGAACAAUAAACAACAUGUUCCUCCACCUAUAGCUACAAACAUGGACUUAUUAAAUUCACCAGCACAUUCGUUACGUCGUUCAUAUUCUAAUGUCUCCGAUGAUGAUGAUUUUCAAACAGUUUCACACAAAAAGAGUAAACAAUUAAACAAUCUGAUGCAUCACAACAAUCGUUCACAAUUAUCACAUCGUCAACAGCACGUUAACCCAGUUGUUAAUAAUAAUUUGAUAAUGAAUGCAUCACGUCCCAUUACUCCUCUUACAAGUACAAACGAUAUGAAUAUCCAACAAAGUCGUCAACAACAAAAUAUAACAACAGCCUCGACUCGAUUUGCGUUGACAAGAUACCCGUUUCCUCCACAUAUCGUUCGCUUUAAUUCGAAAACGGUAACAGUUAAUCAAGUUAAAGAGGAAAUCACCAAACAUGUCAAGAAUGUUUAUCAAUUUGAUAUUGAAGUUGCGAACUGUCGUACAUCAAAUUUUAAAUGCAAUAACAAUGAAUUGGACAUUUUACUUUAUUUAAAAGAUUCAACUUCUUUUGCAUUUUUGUUAGAUCAAACCAAAUGGCCAACGAAAAUUGCCGGUGAAGACUAUUGUUUUCCUUCAUUAGCUUCAAUUCCUCCUCAACUGUCUCUAAUUAUCAAAAAUGUAAAUUUAAAUAUCGAUUUUGAUGAAUUUUCUUUCGAAAUCAAAAAUUUAUAUCCCGAAGUGAAGAAUGUCAUUAGAAUGAAGAACAAAUUCGGAAACAAUAUUAAACUAGUAAAAAUUGAAUUAACUUCAACUAAAGUUAGACAAGAUAUAUUAGAUGAUAAAAAGUUAAUAAUUAAUUAUAUUACUUAUGAUAUCGACCAUUAUCUCGCACCAAUCAAUGUCUUGAUAUGUUCGAAAUGUUGUGGUCUAGGACAUUUUCGUAAACAAUGUCCAGAAUUAUCAGAAACCUGCAGGACAUGUAGCCAAACAUUUCAAGAUUUAAAAGAACACCAUUGUUCAUCAGAUCCAAAAUGUAAACACUGUAAUGGUGAUCACACGUCAAAUUCAAUGAAAUGUCCGGUGGUGAAAGAUUUUCGUGCUGAACUAACAAGAAAAAUAUUGUCUAACAAUAAUAACCGAGCACCAUUUUCACCAACAACGAACAACAAGAUCAAUCAUCAAUAUAAUCCUUCUGAUUUUCCACCUAUUACUUCAUCGUGGCCACAGGUAGAUAAUCCAAUGAUGUCAAAAUUAAACGAUGUAAUUAAUGGAUUAGCUCAAGUCAAUGUUACAUUAGGAAAACUAUGUGAAACUAACAGGAAAUUUGAACAAUUCAUAGUGGAUAAAAAUGUACAUGAUAUGAUGAUAAUCAAAGAAAUUGAACAUCUUAAAAUAUUAGAUAAAAAAUUUGAAAAUGAUUUAAUAUUACUGAAUACAAAAACUAUUACACAGGAUAAUCUAACGAAACGAAAUGAUGAUAUAUUAAAACAAUUGUUAUUACCAGUAUUAGAAGAUAUUUUGAAAUUUAUUAUUGUUAUGAAUAAAGACAACAGCGGAAGACCCUUAGAUGCUGAUGUUAAAAGUAGAUUUGAACUCUACAGAACCCAAGUAGCAAAAACAAGUGAAAGUAAAAUCUUUAAUUAA